AUGCCCUCUUGGCCGUGGGCCGAUCGCCAGGGAGGCGACGUACCGCUUCUUCCCGUCACAGUGCCUAGCUUCAAUGGCAUAGAGCAGGACCAUGACUUUGACGAUGCCGACUCGGGGAGAUCGAGGAGCAGGACUUCGCGCCCUAGGCAUGUUCGAACGACGUCUGCCCAGUCCAGGGGCGUGGCAGACCAGUACUCUUUGAUGACCCCAGCGGAAGCCGCUUCGCGACUCCAAACCUCCUAUACCCACGGCUUGACGGCCAGCGAGGCGCUCUCCAGACUACGCGAUUUCGGUCCCAACGAGAUACCACACGAAGAUCCAGAACCGCUUUGGCUGCGUUUUAUCAAACAGUUUCAAGAGCCUCUGAUCAUCCUCUUGCUCGCCUCGGCGUUGGCAUCCGUUGUCGUCGGCAAUGUGGACGAUGCUGUCAGCAUCACAGUGGCUGUUACAAUAGUCGUUGCUGUUGGUUUUAUACAAGAAUACCGCUCCGAGAAGUCGAUCGAAGCGUUGAAUCAUCUGGUGCCCAACCAUGCCCAUCUGGUGAGAGCCCAGUCUUCGAAGACCACGUCCGGCUCCAAGACGCCAACCUGGCCUCCGAAUACAAACGGCCAGGGCCGCGCGGAAUCAACGAGCGGCUCUGAAACACCAGAUGAAGACAUGAUGGAGGCUACAUCCUCCAAAGUCAUGGCAGCGCAGUUGGUCCCAGGCGAUCUGGUCCUUUUCACUACUGGCGACCGCAUCCCUGCCGAUAUUCGGGUCACCAAGGCUUCAGACUUGACCAUCGAUGAGUCCAAUCUCACCGGGGAGAACGAGCCUGUCAAAGUGACAGCCGCGUCGCGGUCCCGAAACUUCGAAACUGGUCUGCACUUACCCAGUCCUUCUGCGCUGUCUCCUAACACGUAUAAUGGUGCGUCAAGGGAUGAUGCGGCGCAACCAACAGGAAGCAAUAUUGCGUAUAUGGGUACCUUGGUAAGAUCUGGACACGGUCAAGGUAUUGUCUUUGCGACAGGUGGCGAUACCCAAUUUGGCACCAUUGCAGCAAGCGUCUCCGGCACUGAGAGCCCGCGCUCUCCGCUCCAGCUCUCCAUGGAUGAGCUAGGCUCACAAUUAAGCAAGAUCUCAUUUGUGAUCAUUGGCCUGAUCUCGGUGGUCGGCUGGCUUUCAGGAAAGAAACUGCUGGAGAUCUUCACUAUAUCGAUCUCUCUAGCUGUCGCUGCGAUUCCUGAGGGUUUGCCCAUCAUCGUUACUGUCACUCUCGCGCUGGGUGUUCAUCGGAUGGCCAAGUAUAACGCCAUCGUCAGGAAGAUGCCUAGCGUAGAAACACUAGGCUCGGUCAAUGUGGUUUGCUCGGACAAGACGGGUACUCUGACCAUGAACCAUAUGACGACUGCGAGACUGUGGCAUUUCGGAGCAAAGACUGUGGUGGAUGUGGAAACAGAAGAUUUCGUGGAGAAGACGCCGAACGUUGCCACUCUACAAAUCCUCCGUAUUGGCAACAUAGCCAAUAAUGGGCGCCUUUCUCACAAUCAUGCCGAAGGCGCUGCACGUACGGUUUUGUCGGAUAACCAGAACAAAGACUUCACGACUCACUCGAGAUGGGUUGGACAGCCGACAGAUGUAGCCAUGCUUGAUAUGUUGGACAAGUUCAAGGAGCACGACGUUAGAGACUCGAUUGGGCCACGCACAGCAGAAACACCGUUCAGCUCCGAGAGGAAAUGGAUGGGUGUUGUGAUCGGCGCAAGUUCUGGGAACAAUGACAAGGAGUUCGCAUACAUGAAGGGGUCCAUUGACAAAGUCCUCGAUGCUUGCGACACUUAUCUCACAGAAGACGGGCGGGAGAUUGUGUUGGACACUGCCCGCCGGCAAGAGGCCCACAGUGCAGCAGAGAAGAUGGCCGAACGAGGACUGAGGAUCAUUGCCUUUGCAAGUGGGCCAGUCGCAAAACAUGCCAGGAACAGGACUGGACUGAAUCCGACUUCACGGAGUAAUACCCCAGGCGGCCGGGAUGGCAGCGAAAGUCCCGGACUACCCAGCGACGAGAACUCUUUCAGGGGGCUUACAUUUGCCGGGCUGGUAGGCAUGAGUGAUCCCCCAAGACCUGGCGUGGCGCGCUCUAUACGGCGUCUGAUGCGCGGAGGCGUCAAGGUCAUCAUGAUCACUGGCGAUUCCGACACGACCGCCGUCGCUAUUGGAAACCAACUCGGAAUGCAGAUCGCCAAGCCACGAGAACACUCAGCAAAUCAAGUUGCGGUCAAGCCUGUACUCAAAGGAGAGGAAGUCGAUGCCAUGACGGAGGACGAGCUUGCCGCCGCUAUGCAGACGACCACCAUAUUUGCUCGGACGAACCCUGACCACAAGCUGAAGAUCAUUCGUGCACUCCAGUCCCGGGGUGAUAUUGUCGCCAUGACCGGCGACGGCGUCAACGACGCGCCGGCUUUGAAGAAGGCCGACAUUGGUAUUUCUAUGGGACUGCACGGCACGGACGUCGCCAAGGAGGCCUCGGACAUGAUCCUCACAGACGACGAUUUCUCUACAAUUCUACACGCCAUUGAGCAGGGCAAGGGCAUAUUCAGCAACAUCCAGAACUUUAUUACUUUCCAACUGAGCACUAGUGUGGCUAGUCUCGCAUUGGUCUUUAUUUGUACCUGCAUGGGGUUUAAGACACCAUUGAACGCCAUGCAGAUCCUCUGGAUUAAUAUCAUCAUGGAUGGCCCUCCUGCCCAGUCUCUUGGAGUCGAGAAAGUCGAUAAGGACGUCAUGUCUCGCCCGCCUCGCUCCCGUAGCGAACCCGUCCUGACUCGCACUUUGCUGAGCCGUGUCUUGACGCAGGCUUUCAUCGUGAUGGCCGGCACUAUGUUUGUCUACACUCGCGAAAUGAUGGCUGACGGCGAGGUCACACGCCGCGACACCACCAUGACGUUCACCUGCUUCGUGCUAUUCGACAUGUUCAACGCCUUGACGUGCCGGUCUGAGAGCAAGUCCAUUGUGCGGGGCGAGGUUGGCCUGUUCUCGAAUUCGCUCUUCAACUGGGCGGUGGCCCUGAGCUUGGCCGGCCAGCUGCUGGUCAUCUACUUCCCCUGGCUGCAAGAGGUGUUCCAGACAGAAGCGCUGUCAUUCAAGGACCUCUUCUGGCUCGUCUUCAUGUGCAGCUCUGUAUUUUGGGCGGACGAGGCGCGCAAGUGGUAUAAAUAUGGCCGCAGGAAGCUGGGCGGCUAUAGUCAGGCUGUGUAG